AUGCAGCUGUCCAACCUCCUCACCAUCUUCACCGUCGCCACCGCCGCCUCGGCCGCCUCUGUCUCCUACGACAAGGGCUACGACAACGGCUCACGCUCUCUAACUGCCGUCAGCUGCUCCGACGGCGCCAACGGCCUCAUCACCCGCUACGGCUGGCAAACCCAAAAGCAGGUCAAGAAGUUCCCUUACAUCGGUGGCGCGCCUGCCGUCGCUGGUUGGAACUCGCCCAACUGCGGCACCUGCUGGGAGCUCAGCUACAACGGACGCACCAUCAAUGUCCUCGCUAUCGACCACUCGGCAAAUGGCUUCAACAUUGCCCUCGACGCCAUGAACGCCCUCACUGGUGGACAGGCUGUCAAGCUUGGCCGUGUCAAUGCCAGCUCUAAGCAGGUCAACAAGAGCAAGUGCGGCCUCUGA